ACCGAAACUUCCGGUAGGUGGUUUGUUUUGUUUGUUCGUCGAAUCAGAAGAAGAAAAAGAAGAACAAGGUUCAUUAAUGGCUUCCUCCUCCUUCCUCCGCCUCGCGAUCGUCGUAGGGUUUCUGGCGAUCUCCACCGCCGCAGCACGGCCGUGCAAGACCUUCCUCAUCUCCUCCUACUCCGUCUCCAUAACCCCAGAAAACCCUAGCCCUAAUUUCGACGGUGAACCAAAUUUCUCCUCCACCCGAUUCGUCACCGUCUUCACCAUCCGACGAUUCACUUCCCACCACUUCCGUCCCUACCUCUUCCACCGCCGCCACGACGGCGGAGGCUUCCUCCCCUCCGCCAUCGUACGGUCGUCGGAGGCGUCUCGCCCCCAAUUCUCCUCCUCUUUCAUCCCCAAGAACACCCUCAGAGAUCGCACCAGGGAUAUCCUCAGCAUCUUCGUCGCUCUCCUCUUCGGCGUCGGCUGCGGCGCUCUCACCGGCGCGACCAUGUACCUCGUAUGGGCUCUCGUGGCGAACAGCCAUGGCUACAACUUCGAGGACGAAGAUUACGAGACCGAUGGUUACGAUGAUUCGACCCCUAAGAAGAUGGGUUACGUCAAGAUCCCUGGCCCUGCUCCUGUGAAGGAGGCUGCUUGAAUGAGGUGAUCUUACCCCCAGUGGAAACAGUACAAAACCCUUAAUUCCUUCUGUGUGUUGGGUUUCUCCAUAUCCUGUGAUUGUUCUAUUUGCUUUUACGUUUUCCACUUUGUAUGUUGCGACGUAAUAGUAACUCUGUCUCCCUUAUGGAUUUCUCUGAUUCAAAUACACUGAAAAAUUUGUGCUUUAUGAAUUGCGACGGGUUUAUCAUAUUGCUGUGUAAGCACAUGUUCUCUUUGUAUGUACUGACGCAUUUGGUA